AUGAGAUUUGUUAAGCAGCUUGAAUACCAUAAAAUUCCUGAAUGAUCUUCUUAUUACAUAGACUAUCGUAACAUAAAGGCUAUGAUAUAUGACUACCAGAAGCAAAUUGCGUGAGAUGAUUCUCAUAAUGCUUCAGUCGAGGAAGACUUCACCGAAGCCCUCCAGUCGGUCCUACGGAGCCAAUACCAAAAAAUUAAUCAGUUUUAUAACAUCAAGAAAAUUCAGUACAAGACUGAGCUGGAGACAGCUUUUUAUAAGAUUUAUAGCAUCCGGUCUGCCUCGACAAUCACAGAGAAAGAAGAAAAAAAGCUAUUGAGCAUGGAAGAAAAAGACGACGAGUCCAAUAUAUCUGCUAGUCUUCAGCGAGCCUUUUCUGACGUCCACAAACGGAUUUGGUGGCUUGAAGUAUACUGUGAGGUGAACUAUAUUGCCUGUUUGAGAAUUUUGGAUAAGCUUGACCACCCUUCAAGUUUUAGGACUGAGCUGGAAGCUCAAAGCUUCAGGAAAUUUGAGCAUGAACUUGGAGACCUGAGAAGGACCAUGUACAAGAAAGUGGCUGAAGAAGUUAUGGGGGAUAACUUGUAUGCGAGCAUCCAGCUAAUUACAAGAGGAGCCAAGUAUUACCGGAUUUCUGAUAUUGCAAGGAUUUUUCUUUGUUUAGGGAUAAGCAUUAUGUGCCUUUCAAUAACGAUGUGACUAAUAGCCUUUUCUGAGAAAUCUAUGCUUUCAAGCAAAAUUUUUCCAUCUUUUUCUAUCUUUCGACUGACUCUUGCAAUUAAUCUUGAUAUUUUGGCUUUUGCAUGGGUUAUAUAUAUGCUGGAAUCCCAUUCACUUAACUGGGUCUAUAUUUUUGACAUUGACCCCACGAACCGAAUCUCUUACAUUCAGAUCCUCAGAGUCGGCCUUUCCAUAGCCACUUUAUGAUGCAUUACCUUUUUAUUGCAGAUUUCUAACUAUAUGAGUGAAGGCAUCCAUCCUAACAUUUUCGCGCUAUUUGUGCUGACAAUAUACUUGCUAAUCUGAAUCUGUCCUUUCCAUAUUUUAUAUAGGCGCGCAAGAUAUGCGAUGCUUAAGUCGUUUGCUGAGUUUAUGAUAGCUCCUUUUGGGCCUGUGAAGUUCACAAAUUAUAUGUUUGGCAGCUGGCUGACGUCAAUGGUGAUCCCAAUAAAAGAUAUGUACUUAAGCGGCUGCUUUAUUUCAACUGAUGCAUGGGAGUUAAAUGAGUACCCGUCCUGCUCGCAGCAUUAUUUAAUUCUCGCUCUUCUCCCUGCGCUUCCGUUUAUAUGAAGACUUAUGCAGGUCUGCAACAAAAUUUGCAGUGAUCCUGUUUUGAUAAAAAAGCAAUACACCAAUCUUAUCCGCUAUGGUCAAAGCUUAUCAUUAAUCGUUAUCAGCUAUUUUGGGCUGCACACCAGCACCCAGGCGUAUAUAUGGAUUUCAGUCUUCGUCAUCUGCACAGUCUACACUAUGAUCCUUGACUACUGGCAAGACUGGGGCCUCCUUCGGACUUCUAAAAAUGGCUGCCUUCUGAGGGAAACACUGUACUUUAGGAAGAGCUUUUAUUACUUUGCAAUGAUCAGUAACUUAUUUCUAACUCCCCCCCCCCUCCGUGAGUGAACAAAAACCAUCAGAAAAAUCGCUAUUUUUUGCCCAAAAGCCCACCCUCUGUGAGUGAACAAAAAUUUUUUAUGGAAAAAAAAAUUUAAUAUAUAAAUGAUAAUUAGUAUAAUGAAAUAUAGAGCUAAAUCUGUUUAAUUUUAAAAAAAAAUGAUUUUUAGAACAUAAAUUUUGCAAAUUGAAUUAAUAUAUUUGCUUUUCCAAUUUUUGCGAAUCGGAUUUUUUUAAACUUCGAAAAAAAAAAAAUAUUUUUUAUAAAAUUUUAUAUAUAAAUUUUUUUAAAAAAGAAAAUUAACCCCCCUCCGUGAGUGAACAAAAAAAAUUUUGUUCACUCACGGAGGGGGGGAGUAAGGUUCUCGUGGAGUCUGACACUGCUGCCUGUUCAGAUGUUUGAGAACAGAUAUUUAAAUAACGAAGUUAUGCUGCUAGUCCUUUGCUUACUAGAAAUCUUUAGGCGAACUAUAUGGACAGUUCUCAGGGUCGAAAGGGAAAGCUCAGAAAACACAGAAAAAUACAGAAAAAUCGACUAUAUCCCAAAACCACUGCACAGUGGGGAAUUUGUCAAUAGUUAG